AUGCCCGUGUGUCUAAACCAGACUUUUAGGUGGCACAGCACUGUGAAACGAAGAAGGGUUGUUAUUACUGGCAUAGGUCUAGUAUGUCCUCUGGGUAUAGGGACGGUGUUACCUUGGGAAGCUCUUAUAAAGGGGCAGAGUGGCAUUGUAGCUCUCAAUUCAGAAGAAUACAAAAGUAUUCCAUGUAAAGUAGCGGCGUUGGUCCCUAGAGGAAUCGCAAAAGGACAAUAUGAGGAGGAAAUGUUUGCAUCUCGCGGAGAGAUCAAUAGCAUGUCACCAGCCACUGUGAUGGCACUUGGAGCUGCUCAGCUUGCCCUGGAAGACUCGGGAUGGUACCCUAAAACCUCCCAUGAACAACUCACCACCGGUGUAGCUGUUGGCAUGGGCAUGGUGUCACUGGAUGAAAUAGUAUCUACAUCUUUAGCUUUUAGAAAAAACGGCUACAAGAAGAUUAGCCCUUUCUUUGUGCCUCGUAUUUUAGUAAACAUGGCUGCUGGGCACAUCAGUAUCAAGCACAAUUUAAAGGGGCCGAACCAUUCUGUCUCCACAGCCUGCACCACUGGCGCGCAUGCUAUUGGGGAUGCUGCAAGGUUUAUUGCCCACGGAGAUGCCAACCACAUCACCACACCCGUUGCAGAUGGCGAUGGGGCAUUCAGAUGCAUGUCAGCUGCCAUUAAAGAUUCUGGCAUCUCACCUGAAGAUGUGUCUUAUGUGAAUGCCCACGCCACCUCUACUCCUUUGGGUGAUGCAGCGGAAAACACUGCAAUUAAGAAGCUUUUUCACCAAAGUGCAGGAAGCCUGGCUGUGUCCUCCACCAAAGGAGCAACUGGACAUCUGCUCGGAGCUGCGGGAGCGCUGGAGACCGCAAUCACCGCUCUGGCAUGUUACCACGGUGUCCUUCCUCCGACACUAAAUCUGGACCGCACCGAACCAGAGUUCAAUCUCAAUUAUGUUCCGUGCGUCGCGCAGCCGUGGCCGACUUUGGGCAGAAGGAUUGCCCUCUCAAACUCAUUUGGAUUUGGAGGAACAAAUGCCACGCUUUGCAUUGCCAGUAUCUAA